AUGCAGCACCUGCAAGUGGCGUUGGCGACGGCGAACGCGAAGCUGGCGGAAGAUUCGCACGACGAGAUCCGCAAGUCGCUCGAGUCGCUCGCGACGGAGGACAGCUUCAAGUACGAUCCCUACGACUCCGAUUCGGAUCAGGAAGCGUCCCUUCUCGGCGAGGGCUCCUUUGGAGCGACGCACACGAUGCGCAACGUCGACGACGGCCACCUGUACGCGGUCAAGCUGAUCAAGAUCAAGAAGGCGGGCGUCCCCAUCGAGAGCCUGCGGCAGGAGGCGUCGCGCCUGGCGAAACUCAAUCAUCCGAACAUCGUCCGCUACUACACGUCCUUCACGAAGAAGAAGUUCUUCGCGAUCGUCACGGAGCUCCUGACCGGCGGCUCGCUGCUCGAGCGCAUCGACGACGCCGCCGGCCCGCUCCCGGCCGGCCAGAUCAAGCGGUGGACGAUCCAGAUCGCGUCCGCGCUCGCGCACAUGCACGCGCAACGCAUGCAGCACCGCGACCUCAAGCCGGACAACGUCCUCUUCGACGCGCGCGGCGACGCGCGCCUCAUCGACCUCGGGCUCGCGCAGAUCGUCGUCGCCAAGUCCAAGGUCUCGUCCAAGAACGCGGUCGGCGCCGAGCUCUACCGCUCGCCGGAGAAAGCGCUCGGCCGCGCCUACGACGCGAAAGACGACAUCUGGGCUCUGGGCUGCAUGGUCGCCGGCGCGGCGACGGGCAAG